AUGUUAUCAAGGUACAACCGCGUUAUUGAAAUAAAUGGGGGUAAUGCAGAUAUUUCUCUGCCCAUUGUCAAAUUUCCACCGUUUAAACUCAGAGCUCAAUUAAUUGAAAAGGACCCCGUAGUAUGGCUGCAUCUAAUAGAAACCUAUGUAACGUAUUUUGAGUAUUUGAUGCAAGGUGCUAACGUUGAAUUAUUAGAUGAAUCUACACUUGAUCAUCUUCGUUUAUUUUUGAGAACUUACUUGCAUGAAAUUGCUGAUGAGGAAGGAAAGUUAUUAAGUCUCGGUAUCAACCAUGAUGUGUCUGAACAGUUAUAUUUACUAAAAGGCUGGAUAUUUUCAUUGAUCAAGAAAUGCGGGUUAUUACAUCUUCAGAUUUUUGGUGACUCCCUGUGGAAUUUGAUCAAAGUAUAUGUUAGACGUAAUCCAGAUUCUAUUCGUGGUUUGAUCGAUGGCUCAUUGAAACCACGGAUCAACACGCAACGUGUACAAUUGGACAAAUCGUACCAAGUUCAACAGCAUUUGAAGCAGUUAAUAGAAUCUGGAAAAUUUAAAAGAAUAGAUUUAAGGUGCGUUGAAGAUCUGCUGUCUGCCAAAUCCAUGCAGCCAAAUAAGUUUGCGGAGAACUUCUUUACGGCAAAUUGGAUUGAAAUUUUAGAGGCAUUAUGGGCAAAGGGACAGGGCCGGGGUCAUAAAGAGGCUAGAGAAUUGAUCAUUAUCAGUUUAUUUUCUGUUUCUGCUGAUCGUUUACUAAAAAUAACUAAAGAAUUAGGCAUAAGCAAUUUUGAAACUUUGGCGUUAUAUCCUCUUUUAGGAACAAUGCUCAUAAAUGAAGGAGUCCACAAAAGGCUUCCUGAUUUGAAGAGCAAGUUACUAUUUCUGAAUUUAGGGGGGUUGUCAAUGGACGAAGGAGACCAUAUGAGCUAUCCAACAUCAUCAGGUACUGAAGUUAAUGAAGAACAACUGUCCGCGUUGAUGGAAUUGUUCCCCCAGUUUUCUAAAUAUCAAUUAUCUCAAACGUUGCUUGCCUAUGAUAAUAACAUUGAAUUAGUAACGAAUAAAAUAUUUGAGGAUCCUACCAUUAUCGAAGCAUUCUCCAGAGAACCUGCGGAGGAAGAAGUAGAGCCGGUGUCAGAUGGUGAUAAUGCAUCCUUUACUGAAGAACUGAGUAUAUUGGAUAGAGGAGAUAGCUCAAAAAAUAAAGAGCUAGACAAAAAGAUUAUCUCGGAGGGUGUUCCGGAUGAAUUAAGAAAUAAAACUUUGACAAGAGCAUUGAAACUUUUAUACGAGGCUGAUGAAGAUGAAAGGGAUGACACUUAUGAUGAAGCCGAUGUGAACCGGUCCGAUCCUUCGAAAAGAAUUGGACUUCAAGAAGACGAAGAAAGCUAUGAUACAAAAGAUGAUUCUAAUGAAGUGCGACAAGAUCAUAACUAUCAUAUUGUUGAAGCUUACUUGUGGAAUCUAUUGAAAGAGGAUCCGAAAUUAUUUGAGAGAUCAAAAAGAGGUACAAAAGUCAGGAAAACUAUGAAAGAAAUGACUUCAUGGUCGGAUGAAAAAAUCGAAGGUUGGUGUCGGAUGUUAGAAAGAUCUCCUACCCGAGCAAGACUUUUAGAAAAGAAGUUUAUGUUCAAAGGAAAUAGCAAAACAGGGAAAACGUCUUAUGUUCAUAAUCGUGAUAGCCAAAAUGAUGGAAAUGUCGUCAAAGAACAAGCCAAACAAAAAAAAUCUGAAAAUAUUAAGAAACAUGAACCUCAAUCUACUGAACAGAAGAAAAGACAGCAUGCUAAGAAUGAAAAAAGGAAAGGGGCUAGAGCUAACCAUAACCGUAAGAAGGGGCACGAUAAAAAAUUGGCUCGUGCGGGAAAUAACGCUAUUUGA